GUGACAACCAUUACCGUCGCGCCCGCGAUCCCGUCGACAGCGCCGCAGUUCGUGUCCGACGACGCCUUCACCUCGGCGAUCCUCAAUAGCACCAACUUCUUCCGCGCCGCGCACAAUGCCAACGACGUGACAUACAACGCGACGCUUGCGCGCUUCGCGGCCGACUAUCUUGACACCGCGGCCAACUGCCCAGCCUUCGAGCACUCGGGCGGCCCGUACGGCGAGAACCUCGCGCUCGGCUGCUCCGACGUCCAGGGCUGCGUCGACAUGUGGGGCAACGAGCGCGAUCUCUACAACUUUGCCGACCCGGGGUUUGGCCACGACACGGGGCAUUUCACCCAACUGGUGUGGAAGAACACGACCGACGUCGGCUGCAGCAGGCGGCUGUGCGGCGCGACGGGCUGGUAUCUCGUCUGCGAGUACUUCCCGCGCGGCAACGUCAUGGGCCAGUUUGGCGACGAGGUCAAUCCAGAGGUUGAGGCGACCAGC